CGCGCCAGGAUGUGGCGCGCACUACUGCUGGUGUGCCUCGCGACGCCGACGCUGGAGCAGCAGGCGCGGCCCAACCGCGUGCUGGACGUGGCCACCUCCUGCGACAAGGGCUCGCUCACCGUCCACGUGGAGCUCGACCAGCCCUUCAAGGGGCUCGUGUUCAGCAAGGACUUCUCCAGGGAGUGUCGCGUUCAAGGAAAUCUACAACAAAAGAUUUCUCUGCACCUGCCGUCGAACGCGUGUGGCGUGAGGACCUCCACGCUCAACGAGACCUCCGAGGAGCCUGAGGACGAGGAGGACCUGUACUACUUCGUCGAGCUGGUGGUGCAGAUGGACAGCAAGCUACAGCAGUCUUCGGACCAGGAACUGCUUGUUAGGUGUAAAUUACUACCGCGAGCGGUACGGAUAGUCAGCACAGCACUAGAGGGUAUCAUACAAACGAAGAUGCGUGAACUGGUUGGGCAAGAAACAAAGAGAAUAAGGACGGGUCGCAACCGCCAAGGCUUCGACUCUCCAGCGAUGAUGGAGCAGCGGGAGAUGCUGAUGGAGGCGGCCAGGGCGUGGAUGGAUCUGUCCCCAGCCAUGUCUACCAUCGACCCUUCUACUGUAGAAGUCGGUCAGCCCACGAGACUGCUAAUACAGUGCACUUUACCUGUUGGAGUUGGGCUACGCGUCACAAACUGUGUCGCCCAUGAUGGUCUCGGCGAAGCGUCCCAACGGCUGCUGGAUGAAGCCGGGUGCCCCAUAGAUGAGACUAUAUUCAGCAAACCGACUGUACACAAGCACAAACUCAGAAGCUCCGAAAUCGACUUCUCAGACUUGGAGCCUGUCGACAUUCAGCGCAAUAUGGAAGAGAACAGCAACAUCAAACAAUUGAAGACUGACCCUGAAUACAUAUUCAAGAAUAUAAUGACGUAUCAACACGCUUUGACCACUUUUGCUGCUUUCAAGUUUCCCGACCGAUCUAAGUUACAUUUGACCUGUGGUAUUGAGUUGUGCAAAGGGCACUGUCCGCCGAUAGACUGCAAAAUGCUACAAAGACCGCAGCAGACGAAAGACGGCUUGGUGAGGAAGGCUCGUUUAGAUAAAGAUGCGAAAGGAGUAGUCAUUGAUCGGCUUGAAGUCUAUAACAGCAUAGAGGUACUGGCACCUAACAUCGAAUUAGAAGAUGAAGCUUCAAUAAGAGGAUCCCGAAGGAUAGAAUCAGAAGAAGAGGAAUUCGUGCGGACGUUCUCUCCCGGAGACAAAACGAUUUGUCUCUCACCAGGAAAAAUGGCUUUAGCGUUCUGUGUAUUAGGGGUCAUAUUCCUGUGCGCUAUCGCCGUUGCGUUUGUCUCUCUGGUACGAGCCAGGAGACGACUGGGCAGAGAGCCUUUACAUACUUCUCUGUCGUUCUACACUGGUAGUAAAAGCAUGUUCUCAUCCAGUGAGAGCUCUAGUUCAGGUCUAAGCGGCAGCAAACUUCUCCUAACUGAUAGCCCUUACCUGGAUCAUCAUUCGUCGUCUAGCAAUAACUGGCCAUAUUCAAGAGCCUAUUAAAACUAAGUUAAACUAAGUUCAUGGUUUCAAAAUGAAUCAUGUUAAGUCAAUAGGAUUCAACUUCUAUUUCAAUUUGUUUGACAAGGCAAAAAACGGACACAUUUUUAGUACCUUGAUAGUUAAACUAUAUUUACAAAGAUUAAUAAACAAAGAAUUUAUUAGAGACUAGAGAUAGAGCUCCUAUUUAAAAGUCAAACAAAACUAAUUAGAGUUAAUUAUCAAAUUUCAUUGUUUUAUAAAUAAACAAGACUGUGCUUCGAAGCGUGCUUACCUCCAAAGCUUUUCUACGUUAGGUUUUAUACUUAGACGCUAUUUAUUUUAUUAAGAUACAACGAGUUUUGUACAAUUUGAGGUGGUGCUAUUGAUCAAUCAGUCGGCUUCUAGAGCUGGUCACUUGGGGUAAAGGUAAGGGUAAUCUUUCUUAGUUAAACUUUUUAUUUGGUAAGUAGUAUUAAGUUAUUUAUUUACUGGAUAUUACUCAGUUUUCUUUCAAACUAUUGGCAAGAGCAACUAAGUUAAAUCUAAAUUAUUGAAGGUACAUUUAUGAUUUUGGACUAAAAAAAUCGGUUCAUUUUCCAAUUGUAACAAGCAAUAAAAUAAGGAUCAAUGUAGGUAGAUGAUUAUUAUAAAGGCAUGGAAUAAUGAUUAGAUAAUAAAAUCAUACUAUGCUAGUAUCAUUAGCACUACCUCGACACAAUAGGUUAAAUGUAUUUCAUAUUUUUAGAUAACUAUUACUACUGAAUAAGAAAUAAAGAAUGAUUGAUUGUAUUA